GGCGAGGCAACAAGCGUAUCUGACUGGCUGCGCGUAAAAGAGCGAGUAACUUUCACUUUUCAGCACAGUUCAGUUCAUAAAAGCGGGAGCUGUAUGGAGAGCUCGCUCCAGAGGUGAACUGCUCUCAACUGUUCAGCACCACAAUGAGGAUGCUUACCGAGGGAAAGAUAACAAAGAAGAUGAUAACUUAUUGGCACCGCUGGAUUUUUAUAUUCUCAAUCUAUCUUUUUUUAUUUUCCUCACGGGCUCACUCCGAAGGAAAUACGAUACGAUAUCAAACCAGAGAGGAGGACGCACCAGGUACGGUCAUCGGGAACCUUGCCAAGGACAUGUCCUUGAGUCUGUCUCACUCCUCCAAAACCAAUUUCAGGAUGAUGAAACAAUUCAACGAUUCAUUCAUCAGGGUAAGAGAAAGCGACGGGGAACUCACUGUCGGGGAACGAAUUGACAGGGAAAGAAUCUGCAGACACACUCCACAGUGUCUGAUUACUUUUGACGCGGUUAAUUUCUCCAAAGAUCGCUACAAAUUGAUUCACGUUGAGGUGGAAAUAAAGGACGUCAAUGACAACUCUCCCGAGUUUCCAAACAAGGAAUCUGUGGUGGAGAUCUCGGAGAAUGCAGCGGUUGGGUCCCGGAUCCCUUUGGACCCAGCUGUGGACGCGGAUGUCGGAUCAAACUACAUACAAAGCUAUCAAAUUUCUGUAAACAGUCAUUUUACCAUUGAUGUGCUCCUGAGAGCGGAUGGGGUUAAAUAUGCGGAAUUGGUUCUAAUGAAAGAGCUAGACAGGGAGACUCAGUCAUCAUACACUGUGGAGCUGAUCGCCACAGACGGAGGAAACCCACACAGAUCGGGGUCAACAAAGAUAACUAUCAGAGUGUCCGACUUUAACGACAAUAGUCCCGUUUUUGACCAGAACAGUUUCUCAGUCAGUCUGCCCGAGGACGCGCCGGUCGGCACUGUUAUACUUGACUUAAACGCAGUUGAUGCUGAUGAAGGUUUAAACGGAGAGGUCGUCUACGGGUUCGGAAAACAGGUUUCUCAUGAGAUCCGAGAACUUUUCCAAGUGGAUAAUAAAUCAGGGCGCCUGACUCUCAGGAGUCCUGUGGAUUUUGAGGACAAAAGGACCUACGAGCUAGACGUGCAGGCGACUGAUCUGGGACCCAACCCGACCCCCUCAGUGUGCAAAAUCAUAAUUCACGUCACAGACGUUAAUGACAAUGCCCCAGAAAUCAGUAUCACCCCAAUGACCUCCAUCACGACAGGCAUUGCAUACAUCAGCGAGGCGGCAGACAAGGACAGUCUGGUCGCGCUGAUCAGCACCUUGGACAGAGACUCUGGUGUUAACAGCCAGGUCCACUGCACGCUGUACGGCCACGAUCAUUUCAAACUACGUCAGGCGUACGAAGACAGCUACAUGAUAGUUACAGCAGCAGCCCUAGACAGGGAGAGGAUUAGUGAGUAUAACUUGACUGUCAUGGCUGAGGAUUUUGGGUCACCUCCACAGAGAAAAAUCACCCAGUACACCAUUAGGCUCAGCGACGAGAAUGACAACGCCCCUCACUUUGCCAAAGCUGUCUAUGAAGUUUCAGUGCUGGAAAACAACGCCCCGGGCGCUUACAUCACCACAGUCGAGGCCAGCGACGCGGAUCUGGGCAACAAUGGGAAAAUUACUUACAGACUAAUGGACGGCGUUAUUAUGGGAUCCCCAGUUAACACGUUUGUGUCGCUUAAUUCGGUGUCUGGCUCCAUAUACGCGCUGAGAAGUUUUAACUAUGAAGUAAUGAAACAUCUAGACAUACACAUUCAAGCAAGUGACGGGGGGUCACCACAGCUGCAGAGCACAGCUGUCAUCAGAUUAAAAAUAGUUGAUCAGAAUGACAACCAGCCUUCUAUCAUAGAGCCCCCACUCUACAAGGGAUCUGCCGAGGUUUUCCUGCCCAAAGAUGCACCUGCAGGUUAUUUGGUAACCCAGAUAAAGGCCACGGAUGCUGAUGAAGGCAUAAACGCACAGCUGUCCUACAAAAUCACAGAGGGGGGGCACCUGGGUUUCUCGAUCAACAAAGACUCCGGGAAGGUGCACGUCAGUCGACAGCUGACGUAUGAUCUCGCAGACAAUGUCAAAGUCACAGUGGCGGUCGUUGACAAUGGAUCCCCCGCGCUCACCUCCACAGCCAUUAUACACUUCAGUUUCAUAGAAGGUACUCUGCCUAGUCUGCCUUCCUCUGCUGAGAAUGGCAAUGAGGAGCUCUUUGAAUGGGACAUGUCUAUAGCCAUAAUUAUCGUCCUGGCAGGGAGUUGCUCUCUCCUCCUGCUGGCUAUCAUUCUCAUCACAACCAUAUGCAGCCGUCGGAAAAAGGAGACAAGGGAGGGGGGCUUUGAUGAAAAAGAAGACAUACCAAAUGUGGACAACGUGGAAGGUGGUCACAUUGAUUCAGUGAUUGUCAACCACAAAGGCAAAGUGUUUGAUGCCAGCCCUUUCCCCGAUAAACCUCCACUGGCCGGCAGCAGCACAGCAGAGACAGGCUGUGAGGAUGGCAGGCAGAAAGCAGGCAUCUUUGAGUCAAACAACAGAGUGAUGGAGGGCAAAUUAAAGGGUUAUUCUACUCUACCGGGAUACGGGAAAGAAACUGUCAGACCAAUAACAAUAUGGAAGGGCAAUUCCUUCACAACCAUCUCAGCCAGAGAUCCCCACAUCAGCGGCAAGGACAGUGGCAAAGGGGACAGCGACUUCAAUGACAGCGAUUCUGACAUAAGUGGAGAUGUGCACAAGAAAGAGUCGCCGCCAAUGAACAGUCUCUGGGCAUGCACAAGCGAGUGCAAAGUGCUGGGACACUCGGACCGAUGCUGGAGCCCUUCAGCUACAAGGCCCAACACGAGCAUGGCCUCUGGACCACAACUGUCAACGUUCUCCAAGACAGCUUCACUUCCCCGGGACGCCAGAAGGGAAAACUACUACCCGGCUCACAUACCAAAAACCAACGGCCUGCAAAGCGUGUACGAAAAAGUUCAACACCAGGAAUUUGAUUAUAUUCUCGUCGGUCCACCGACGCCAGCCAGAAUACAGGAAACAGAUGAAAUAUCCAUCCCAGAGUACACAAACUCUUAAGACAGCUUAAGCAAAGCAUUAGUAAUUAAAAACAACAUUUUGUCUUUAUACUGUACAGUACCUUUAUCUUAACUGACUCUAUGUUGGCUUGUUGCUGUGUUUUGUAAUGUGUCACGUGCAUUUUGGCUCAUUUAAGACUGUUCAUUGUAUCAUGUGUAAUAUGCAAGAUUUUCUACAUUGAUAAUAUAUUUUUCAUAAUGAUUCAAUGUAUAAAAGACUUUUAUUAUGAAUUUUUAAGAGCAUGUGUUACUAUUUAAGGGGCAUGACCUAUGAACACUUAGGCCGAAAAUGGCCUUUCUGCUGUGGAAAACAAUCAAUAUGAAAAAAAUGCCAUGUUUGUGGUAAACUUUAUCACACUGUUGCGUAAAUAAACAUUUGAAAGAAA